CAAAAAGAGAGACAUAGAGAGAGAAAGAGAGAGUGACGUCUGACAGCACCUCUUUCCAUUUUCUCUCUCCUUCUUCUCCGGCUUUGCUUUCUCUCUCUCCUCUCCUCAUCGAUCCCAAAUAUACUAGGAUUCUUAUUCGAUGCGAUUUCGAGCUUAUAGAUCGGCCUGAAGCUUUCGUUUCCCAGAUUUUUGUAAAAAAAAUUUCGUGGCUACCAGGUGCAGGAAAGUUGAAAAAAGAUGGACCAUGACAAGACUGGAUGUCAAGCUCCCCCAGAAGGUCCUGUAUUAUGCAUCAACAACUGUGGAUUUUUUGGAAGUGCAGCUACCAUGAACAUGUGUUCUAAGUGCCACAAAGACAUGAUGUUGAAACAGGAGCAGGCCAAGCUUGCCGCAUCUUCCAUUGGGAAUAUUAUGAAUGGGUCAUCAAGCAGUAGUGGAAAUGAACCUGCCAUAGCUGCCAAUGUGGAUAUCUCAAUCAAUUCAAUAGAGCCUAAGACUAUCCCUGCACAACCUUUAUUUGGUUCAGGCUCAGAGGAGAGCGAUGAGGCAAAGUCUAAGGAUGGUCCAAAACGAUGCAGUAGCUGCAAUAAGCGGGUUGGUUUGACAGGAUUUAAUUGUCGAUGUGGUAACAUUUUCUGCACUGCACAUCGCUACUCAGACAAGCAUAAUUGCCCAUUUGAUUACCGCACUGCUGCACGGGAUGCCAUAGCUAAAGCAAACCCGAUUGUCAGGGCUGAGAAGCUUGAUAAGAUCUAGAUUUGGUGCCUUGAAGUUUCAUGCCCUGGGAUGCUGUAAUACUCAAUGUCAUCAUGAGAUGAUCCGAGUUUCCUGCUUAUUUUAAUGGUGUUCUUAGUAUAUUGUUAUAUGUGAUGGGGGACUUGGACUUAUAGGACAUGUCUGCAGUCUGAAGGACUAUUGGCAAAAAUAUAUCCCCGGGUGUUUUAAGUCUUUUAAUCUAUGCUGGUUUGGUGGAAUUGGUGUUGUUGGCGUUGUAAUGCGUCUAUUUUGUUCCCUAUUUCUGUAGUAGUACAUGUCAGAAUGGUAUGUGCAAUCUACAUGUGAUUUCAAGAGCAUCCGCGGACGUGCGGUUAGAUUGUAAAUUAUUGUUAUGGUUUAUUUGGUCAUCUAUGAAUUUCUCUCAGUAACAUAUGUAUUGUAAUCGUUUGGGCACAA